AUGACUCUGGAGUCCAUCAUGGCGUGCUGCCUGAGCGAGGAGGCCAAGGAAGCGCGGCGGAUCAACGACGAGAUCGAGCGGCAGCUCCGCAGGGACAAGCGGGACGCCCGCCGGGAGCUCAAGCUGCUGCUGCUGGGGACGGGAGAGAGUGGCAAGAGUACUUUCAUCAAACAGAUGAGGAUCAUCCAUGGGUCGGGCUACUCCGAUGAAGACAAAAGGGGCUUUACCAAGCUGGUCUACCAGAAUAUCUUCACGGCCAUGCAAGCCAUGAUCAGAGCCAUGGACACACUCAAGAUCCCGUACAAGUAUGAGCACAAUAAGGCUCAUGCACAGUUAGUUUGGGAAGUUGACGUGGAGAAGGUAUCUGCCUUUGAGAGCCCGUAUGUAGACGCAAUAAAGAGUUUAUGGAAUGAUCCUGGAAUCCAGGAGUGCUAUGACAGACGGCGAGAGUAUCAGCUGUCGGACUCCACCAAAUACUAUCUUAAUGACUUGGACCGCGUAGCCGACCCCGCCUACCUGCCUACGCAGCAGGACGUACUUCGAGUUCGAGUCCCCACCACAGGAAUCAUCGAGUACCCCUUUGACUUGCAGAGUGUCAUUUUCAGAAUGGUCGAUGUAGGGGGCCAAAGGUCAGAGAGAAGAAAAUGGAUACACUGCUUUGAAAAUGUCACCUCUAUCAUGUUCCUAGUAGCGCUUAGUGAAUACGACCAAGUUCUAGUGGAGUCGGACAAUGAGAACCGAAUGGAAGAAAGCAAAGCACUCUUCAGGACAAUCAUCACGUACCCCUGGUUCCAGAACUCCUCGGUUAUUCUGUUCUUAAACAAGAAAGAUCUUCUAGAGGAGAAGAUCAUGUAUUCCCACCUCGUGGACUACUUCCCGGAGUACGAUGGACCGCAGAGAGACGCCCAGGCAGCCCGAGAAUUCAUCCUGAAGAUGUUCGUUGAUCUGAACCCAGACAGUGACAAAAUCAUCUACUCCCACUUCACGUGCGCCACAGACACCGAGAACAUCCGUUUCGUCUUCGCAGCCGUGAAGGACACCAUCCUGCAGUUGAACCUGAAAGAGUACAACCUGGUCUGACCGUGCCACCCAGCAGCCCACCCUACGCUUCCCGGGGGGGCGGUUACAGAAGAUACGCAAGAGGGACUGUGUUUCCGUGCAGUUUGCAUAAUACUAAUUUAUUGCCGCCCUGGACUCUGUGUGAGCGUGUCCACAGAGUUUGUAGGAAAUAUUAUGAUUUUAUUUAAACUAUUCAGAGGAUGCUGAA